GAAAGGCUGCAGCUGUAGUUCUGGAAAGGCAAGAUGCGUGCGAGUUGCUCGGAGACCGGCUAAAAUCCACUCCAGACACCCGAACGCCCGCCCUAAAUCCUAAAUGCUAAGUCAGAGGCUCCUUACUGCUGUUUUCUUUCUGGUACUAAAGGCAACAGAGGUAACCUUCGGCUCUGCUGUGCGCCAGCCAUGUGAAGUUUACUUCAAAGCCUAUAACCUGAGAAAUAUCGUGGAGUGGAGGCCGGGAAAUGGCAGUGAAAAUGGAACACGCUACAGAGUUCAGUAUGCGAUCUACGGUGAGGAGAAGAUGGGGAAACCAGUGUGGAGGUUUCCAAGGCAGUGCAAGGAAGUUGUCAGCACAUGGUGUGACCUUUCAGAGGAGACCAGUGACCUGGAUGAGCAGUACUACGCUCGGGUGAAGGCUGUUGGUAAAGGACCCUCACAAUGGAAGACCACUGAAAGAUUUAACCCAAAGCUGCAGACUUCCUUUGGACCCCCACUGUUAGAAGUCGCAACCAGUGAGAGAGCCCUCCAUAUCAAGAUAAAAGGUCCUAUGAGAUGGCAGAAAAGGAACACAGAAAAUGCGAAUUCUAUGCUGGCCUUCUAUCCAGAUAUGAAGUACAAUGUGUCCAUCUACAACAACGUGACAAAACAAUCAUGGAGCUUCCUUCUAAACAAGAACUCGGUAGAAGUGGGGAUGCUGGACUACAACACACAGUAUUGUGUGUCUGCUAGGUCCUAUUUAACACUACCUUUUAAAUGCGAUCCUUCCAAAGAGCUCUGUGUCACCACUCCAAAAGAUACCUUUUCAGAUUGGAUUAUUGGGAUUAUAUUUGGAUGCAUUUUGCCUUCUGUGAUUGCUCUGCUUCUGCUAAUAUUUUUUGGAUGCCUGAUCUACAACUAUGUGUUUGGAAACAAACAGAACCAGCCUUCACCUCUGCUAUUGCCACAUGACCCUGUUUCUGAGGCAAAAUGUGUAUUUUGUCCUCCUGAAAGCUCAACAGUGAACUUUAUCACCUUUAUUGAUCUGAAAAAUGUGCCACUCUUUCUUAACCAACUUGAAGGAGUGCUUCCACCAAAAGGAAAUGUGCCUUAUGCCUCCCAAGCCCUGGCACACCUGACAAAGAGCACAUCCAAAGACAUGAUUUAUUUGCACAAUCAAGAGUGCCAGACAGCUUCAAGACAUGCAGAGUGCAGACCGUGCUCUGGCAGUGGGGAUCCUGAGUACGGAAUUGUGGUCCAGGCUCAAGCACCUUCUGAUCGAGGUUACUGUGAAAUGGAGGAAACAGCAGAAAAGUGUUCUUGCAAAGAUGUGGCUCUCUCUGCACCCAGCCGGGAUCGUGCAGCACGACCAGUGGCUGUAACAUCCUUCGGCCUUCAAGAGGAAACCUGUCUGGAUGGGCCGGAACCUAACGCCAACAGGCCAGAGCCAGUGAUCCUGAAUCCGCAGACAGGGCACAGUGCCCUGGAAUUCCCAGAGGAGGAGCCAGAAAAAGAGGGAUGUAUUUUUGUGGACUGGGACCCAGAGACCUGUAGGUUACAGAUCCCACAGCUGUCUGCGUUUGAAGAUGAAGUUAAUGCAAAGGAAGAGGAGGAACGCGAACGUGACCUGGAAGAGAACAGAGAGAUCUUGGCCGGUGUGUAUGUGAGGCAAUCUUCAGAAGAGGGGUUUGAACACGAAGAGCUCCCCCUAAUACAUCUGGAUAAUCUCUGGGAUCUACGUGUGAAUAUGGAAGAAUAAAUCAUGCUGGUCUGUUCUUCCAUGCCUUCCUGAUAAGUAUGUAAUUGCUUAAGAGCAAAAUGUAUACGCUGGUGAGUGCCUUUCUCUCAGUUUUGUAAAGAGCAGAUUAUUAAAAAUGUUGACGUUAUAAUACUGUAUUUUAAGGCCAGUAAAAGUGAUACAUAAGUAUUUAAAUUAAGUAUUUUGUACCACUAAUUGCCAGUGGAUUUAGUAGUUUAUUUUAAAAACAUAAUUUAAGAUUGGGAUUGUGCCACAAACUGAAAAACCUAGCUGUACAGUACCAAUAAGCAGUAGCACUGGUAUUUAACUCAAAUGCAUAAACAAACUUAAUUAAACCUUAAUAAGCUAAACGUGUUGACUAGACUGUGGAUCUGCGUCAGCAUGUUAGCUACACAUGAACAGGGUGAAGCUAAUUCGACUCUGAAAAGUAAAAAGAAAGAAGAAAAAACACAGUUUUAGCUUUGGAGCCUCUGUUAACAACAAGACUAUUGCGGGGCUAUAAAGACAUGACCUGAGACUGUCUGCUGAGCUGAAAUACUAACACAGAGCCUUGGACAAUUUCUCACCAUGUUACAAUAUGAAUACAGAUUAAAAUUCAAUAUCUGGGGUCAAGUUCAAGCACUUGUCCUACACACAGACGGAGACUAUUACUCUAAUUUGCUUAGUUAAAUUAUAUUCUUUAAAAUAUUCAUAAUAUUAAAAUUUCUAGCAUUAUAAAAGUAUAUAAUUGUGUAGUUUCUAAAUCUAAAGUCGUAACAUGAAUCUGAGACAGCAUCAAAGUGUUGAAACUGUUCAUGGUUUUGUAUACCAGUAAAGACAAAGAAGAAGGGGACGUUGUCAAAGUCUUUAAAAGAAGGUUACAUUUUCAUUUUUGUAUUUUUAAAAUGAAAGUAUUGGUAGACGACAUAGUCCUUUAUUUUAACUGAAACUGUAAAUUAUGUUUUAAAUAACUGUUGUAUUUUUUCCUUUCUUGAGCAGAACUAAGACAUGGCAAUAUACAGUGCUCUCCAAAAGUAUUGGGACAAAAAUCUGAAAUUGGCGUUUCCCUGUUGCAUAGACAAGAAACUGAAAUCCACAUUCAACAAAUUAUUCUGAGUCAGAGUUCAGAAUGUCGCCUAUUUAUUGGGAUAUGUUUUGCAAACACAAUUAAUCGUUUUUCAACCAAAGCAAAUAUUGGGUUCAGUCCCCUCAAAUAUAGGUGAUACUGUACUCCCUCCACCGUGCGUCACUGGAGGAUGCUCAUGGCCGUUAGCUCUUCCUGUUUUUCUCCACACCUUAGCCUAUCCAGCACUUUCAUAGAUGUUUCUUCUGGUUUCUUCUGUCCAUAAAACCUUGUUCCAGCACUCUGUGGCUCAUCUCUGUAUUUUUAUUUUUGCAAAUGCCAAUUGAGCCCUGCUGUUCUUGCUGCUGAUGAGGGGCUCACACCUUGCAGUAUAGGCUCUAAAGUUUUCUUGGUGACGUCUUCUGCAGACUUUUCCACUUAGAAAUAUUUUUCUGUCAUCUACGGCUUGGUCUUUAUUGGAUGCCCUGUUCUCUGCCUGUUCUUGACUCCUCUGGUUCUUUCCUUUUUCUGAAGAACAUUCCAGACUUGUUGAUUUUGUAAUGCCAAGAGUCUUAAUAAUUUUGCUGAUGGUCAUUUGCUUUCCUCUCAUUUUCAAAAUGUCCUUCCUUUCUGUCAUAAUGAGUUCUCUGGUCUUUAUGUUGGUUUUUGCUAACUAAUUCAAGCGAAAGACUUCAGAAGCUGUUUCAAAAGACCUCAUCCAUGCCUACACCUUCACAACUCUUUUAUGUGUGUGAACUGCAAGCAACAUAUAACCCCUUGGCAAUUAUGCUCAUCUAAAAUGUGGGAGUUUAAACAAAAAAGUGUUGUUACUGUAUAUAAUGUAUAUAUUAAACAUUUAUACAUAAAAAUACCAAUACUGUAGGUAGAAGGGGAUAUUCUCUCCAUUUGUCUCAUAUUCAUCUUGUGAUUUGAAAUUUCCUGAGAAUACAGCUACAGUAUAAUGGGUGAAUUUGAACUCUUGUCCCAGUACUUUUGGAGGGCACUGUACAGUAUAUAUAUAUAAAGUAUGACAGCAGUAACUAUCCAUGCUGUCAAGUGCUUUUUGGAAAUGCAAGCAAAGUUAAUGAAGGAAACCAUUUGUGAUUCUCCUCAAAAAUGCAAAAUCAUUGGAUUUGUUUUUCCUCUUUUAAAAUAUUUGUCCUAAUUUCUGUAUAACUUACAACGAUAGUAUGUGUUUAUGUUUUAUGAUAGUAGUGAAGAAUAGCUUUUAACAAGUUGUUUGAUGUGGCUUUUGAUAAAUUACUGAAAUGACAAAUGCAACUGAUAUUACACUGAAAAUGGGUUUUACAAACAAGCAUAAUGUUUUUUUGAUAGCUUAUUUUUAACAGUCUGUGGAAACUGUUUAACUAGGAGGGUAACAUGUAUAGUUCUGUACAAAGCCCACUGCACGCUGGAACUUGUAAUCAUGCUGUAAGUGUGUUGUGUUCGGGGUGGUACUGGUGCAGAGAGGAUCCAGGAAGGGACAAUAAAAGCCAUGUACCAAUCACUGUUGUAA